CUGCCAUCACACGGGCUGUGGACCGGGGGGAGCCGCCAUCACACGGGCAGGGCUUUGGAGACCCCUCUCCGCAUCAGGCUCCCGCACAGUCCGCUUAUAUAGCGCCUCCCAGCGGCGCCGCCCGGUAUCAUCCCCAUCAGAAGAAACAUCAUGGGUCGCUCCUCAAAGGACAAGAGGGACAUUUACUACAGACUGGCCAAAGAAGAAGGCUGGAGGGCGCGCAGUGCCUUCAAACUGCUGCAGCUGGAUGAGGAAUAUCAACUCUUCCAAGGAGUGCAGAGAGCGGUGGACCUGUGCGCGGCCCCCGGGAGCUGGAGCCAAGUGCUCAGCAGGAAGCUCAGGUCCAGCAAUGAGACCUUGGAGGUGAAGAUCGUCGCUGUGGAUCUUCAGGCCAUGGCUCCUUUGCCUGGAGUAAUCCAGAUUCAAGGAGACAUCACCAAGGUUUCCACAGCCCACGAGAUCAUCCGACAUUUUGAGGGGCAGCCAGCAGAUCUUGUGGUGUGUGACGGCGCCCCGGAUGUUACUGGACUGCACGAUAUUGAUGAAUAUAUACAGGCACAGCUCCUGCUGGCGGCUUUAAACAUCACAACACAUGUACUAAGAGCAGGCGGCACGUUUGUGGCUAAGAUUUUUCGUGGAAAAGAUGUCACUCUUUUGUACUCCCAGCUAAAGAUCUUUUUCCGAGAAGUCACAUGUGCCAAACCACGGAGCAGCCGGAAUUCCAGCAUAGAGGCGUUCGUUGUAUGUCAGGGAUACAGCCCACCAGAGGGAUAUAUACCCAACAUGUCAAAUCCUCUGCUGGACCAUUGCUAUGAUGUGGAUUUUAACCAGCUGGAGGGUCCCAACCGAGUGAUCGUCCCGUUCCUGGCCUGCGGAGACCUUAGUGCGUAUGACUCUGACAAGACUUACCCUCUGCAGUUAGAUACCGGUAAAGAAUACAGCUAUGUUCCCCCAAACCAACCUCCCAUUCGCCCGCCCUACCAGGAGGCCUGCUUUUUAAAGAAGAACAAUCUCCUCGCCAAGGAAAGGCCCCCGUUACCCGUGAACGCUCCAUCUACCACAACGUCCAGUGAAGACGUGGCGUCGGGGGACUGUGGGGAGGUCGCCAUCCAAAAGCUGUCCAUUUCUUCCUGAUGGACUUAUUAAAGGUUAAAGAUUCUCUGUUUUAAUUUUUUUUUAUUUAUUACAAUUUUUAUUGCAAAAAAAUUAAAAAUAAACAAAGUUUUAUCCAUC